AUGGAACUUGAGGCCGCGAUUGAUCGGUUACCUAUUGAUUUAUUGGCUCAUAUUUUUGUUCUCUUCACUUCCUUCACUGAUUUGGCCCAGGAAGUUGAUUUUUCACUUCAUGGAUUAUAUAAGUGCUUUUUUAUUUGUUUUUAUUCAUGCUUGUGGUGUAUAUUGUUUGGUUUUGUAAGGGCUGGCAAGGUUUGCAAGAAAUGGAAACAAGGGGUGAAGGAAUCUCUAGCAAGGAAACAGAAUCUUAGUUUUGCUGGUUGGAAAAUGGAUGAUGAUUCCACUUCUAGACUUGUUUCUCAUGCCUACAACCUUAGAAAACUUGAUAUACCGAGAAGCCGAUGGAGUUGUCAAAUAACAGAUGCUGGACUCAUCAGAAUAUCAUAUGCAAAGUGUAUCGGCAAUCUCACAUCUAUUUCGUUAUGGGGUCUGACUGGUAUCACAGAUGAAGGAGUUGUACAAUUGAUAUCUAGAACUCGGUCUUUAAGGCAUUUGAAUGUUGGUGGUACAUUUAUCACAAAUGAUUGA